GUCAUAAUAAAAAAAAUUGUGCAGAGUAAUGUAGCGGUCUGUUUCCUAGCCUUAGAUUGUGCGAGCCGAAAAAAAAACAUCCUUAAUAAGAUAUUUCGGGGGGGGAACAAUUGUCUACUUUCUGCAUCUGAGAUUAGAUGCUAUCACGACGAGGAACACAAUGUCGUUCCUUAAUGUUUUAGUCCCGGUGGGAACCUUGACAAGCCUCGUCGAGGAUAUCUGUAAACAAAUCGAUGUCGGCCGUCUUGAAGUCACAGAUGUCCCAUCUAAAAAGAGACCAACGUCCGAGUUAAGCCAGCUCAUUGCUCUUCUCGGGCAGAAGUUAAACAGGAGCUUCAAAUCCCACACAUUAAUCAUGAUGGACUCUCUUGAAGACUUCUACUUAGACGAAGUAGAGGGCGAAAAGUGUAUCUUCUGCAUAAGAAGAAAUCAAUCUGGACCGGCAAUUUGGACGGAUAUGGUUAGGGAGUGUCGCAUCGAAGAAAACAACGUCUCUCUCAUCGAGGAGGGUUAUCUCCACGCUGAAGGUGACGAUGGUGGGAUUUAUCUCAUAUUGUGGCCUCUGAAGGGGCCAGAGGAAAACCUCCCGGCGCAGGGGCCUCCAGAGCGACGAGAUAAUAGACAAUUGGUAGCUCCGCAAGCACAGCAUGAUAUUUCGGAUAAAACUAUAGAGAUCGACAAGGCACGAGAAACCAUUACAUUAGAAGAUUGCAGGAAACAAUUAGCUUUAUGGGAGAAGCUAGAUAAAGAGAUCAGGAACCAACGGAAAAGAGGCAGGGACUUAAUGGCAGACUCGGCCCCUGAGGAUGCUAUUGGGGUUUACGACGAAGCCGAAGAAAACCAGGGAGAUAUGACACGAGAGGGGAUAGCGGAACUCGAAAGACGAGUGAGAUUUCUAAUUCAAGGAGCAUCGAAGAAGACUGGGCUGGCAGCACGAAAUUCUAUUGGCGGAGCUGUUGGUGUCUAUGGGAAUCGGGAAAGGGGCAUACGGCCAGAUGGUAUUGCUGAGGUGAUACCUAUAGAGCAUCAGAGCAACAAGAGACGGAAAAUAAGAAAUACUAUGUGAAGAGGAAAGUGUAUAUGUAGGUACCUACCUAUAUUACCAAAUUUCGGGCUAUGGUUAUAUCGAUGUAAGUUUAAGGUAUAAUCUUCUUGUCUAUCGUUCAUGUAUAAAAGCUUUCUUGCUGCCAUCUUGAGGCUAUGAGAAUAUUAGCAUGAGACUCGUCAUCAUUCAAUAAUAUCAUG